CGAAGCGCAUGCGCGUGACGUCAUUGAUUCGUGUCACUUUAAAAUAACAAAAUCUGUCAAAUAUUUUCUCUAUUUCUUGCUUUAUUAUCAAGUUUGUGAUAUUAUACGAGGAUACAUUGUUUUGAACAGCAUCCAGAGAACGAGAAUCAGAAAAAGGAGUGCGUCUGUGAUAUAGGGUUAAUGUUACGUGACCUCCCCUUCCGUUUAAAUGCAAGCCAGACGAAGACGCACUAACUCAGGAUCGGAACAGGAAAACAAAGAGAAUUAUUUACUGCGAACAAACGGACAAGGUUAUACACAGAAGAGUUUCACUCCACCACCACCAGGAGCGCCACCUAUCCAGAGAGAUCGGGAGAUGAGUGGUAGGGACAGGACCAAUGAGUUCCUCUCCGCCUGCAAGUCCAUGCAAGGACGCAUGGGCAAUGGCAUGAAUGGAGCGGCUAAAAGUCAUAGAGAGCCUCUAAGGCAAAGAAGUCAGUUCACCCAGUUGGCAAAACGUAUAGGCCAAGACAUUGCCAAAACAUUUGCCAAAUUAGAAAAGCUAACAUAUUUGGCUAAGAAAAAGUCUUUAUUUGAUGAUCGACCAGUGGAAAUACAAGAACUGACAUAUAUAAUAAAACAGGACAUAGGCAGCCUUAAUAAACAGAUUGCUCAGUUAUCUGAGUUUGUCAGGUCUCAGAAGUACAAUAGUGGCAAACAUGUACAAACUCACUCCAAUACAGUUGUCUUCGCUCUGCAGUCAAAAUUGGCGUCAAUGUCCAAUGACUUUAAAAGUGUAUUAGAACUAAGGACAGAGAAUUUAAAACAUCAAAAAGCCAGGAGAGAUGAGUUUUCAGAGUCAUCUAAUGCCCCAGUGACAACUAUGCCUCCUACUGCUUUACAGGGAUACAAUGGUUCCGUACUGCUACAAGAUGAGGCUCAGAGCAAGGGAGAGAUCUCCAUAGAUAUGAUGGAAAAAGAUAAAUAUCAACAACAGCUACAGCUUAUAGAACAACAGGACACAUAUAUCCAAAGUAGAGCAGAGACCAUGCAGAACAUAGAGUCUACAAUAGUAGAACUUGGUAGUAUAUUCCAACAGUUAGCACACAUGGUACAUGAACAAGAGGACAUGGUUCAGAGGAUUGAUGCCAAUGUUGAAGACACGCAAAUGAAUGUUGAAGCUGCACACGGUGAACUGUUAAAAUACUUCCAAAAGGUCACAUCAAAUAGGUGGCUAAUGAUUAAAAUAUUCGGAGUCCUGAUUGUAUUCUUCAUCAUAUUCGUAGUAUUUAUGGCAUAGUUUUAGUAUUAUUGGAUUACAUCAAAAUUUUGACUGAGGAGGACUUUGUUUUAGUCUAAUGCAGUGUAAUAUGAGGAAUUGGGUAACAAAGAAUGCCAUUAUCUGUGAAGGAGGCUAUCUGCAUGGAGAAUG